AUGUCUGCCCUCCGGAUUCUCGUGCCCGUGAAGCGGGUGAUUGACUAUGCGGUCAAGCCCCGCGUCAACAAGGCCCAGACGGGCGUCGAGCGUGCCGGCGUCAAGCACAGCAUGAACCCCUUUGACGAGCUGUCUGUGGAGGAGUCGGUGCGCAUCCGCGAGAAGAAGCGGGCCCCCGGCGGCGUCGAGGACAUUUGCGUGUUCUCGGCCGGCCCUGCCAAGGCGCAGGACGUGCUGCGGACGGCCAUGGCCAUGGGCGCCGACCGCGCGAUCCACGUCGACACGGCCGGCAAGGCUGCCGACGAGAACGCGGCCGAGCUGGAGCCGCUGACGGUGGCUAAACUGCUGCAAAAGGUGGUGGCCGAGGAGCGCAGCAACCUCGUCAUUCUGGGCAAGCAGAGCAUCGACGACGACGCGCACCAGACGGGCCAGAUGCUGGCGGGUCUUCUGGGCUGGCCGCAGGCGACGCAGGCGUCCGAGGUGACGUUUGCCAAGGACGGCGACGCCGUGCAGGUGAUGCGCGAGGUGGACGGCGGCGUGGAGACGCUCAAGGCCAAGCUGCCGCUGGUGAUCACGACAGAUCUGCGCCUCAACGAGCCGCGGUACGCGACGCUGCCCAACAUUAUGAAGGCCAAGAAGAAGCCGCUGGCCAAGAAGACGCUGGCAGACUACGGCCUGGAAGCGGAGGCGGCCAAGAAGCGGGUGAACACGCUCAAGGUUACGGAACCCCCACCGCGCAAGGGCGGCGGAAAGGUCGAGGAUGUCGACGGUCUCAUUUCGAAGCUCAAGGAGCUGGGCGCGUUAUAA